UUUUUCUUCUUGUUUGUUGUGGUAUGGGUAAACAUAUAUCUCGACUUGCAAAGAGGUUUUUCCCCCAGUGUAAAAUUAGAAUUCUGAUGGUGGGUCUUGAUGCUUCUGGGAAGACAACCAUUCUAUACAAGCUGAAGCUUGGAGAAAUUGUUGCAACUGAACCAACAGUCGGUUUUAAUGUAGAGACUGUUGAGUACAAAAACAUAAGCUUCUCUGUCUGGGAUGUAGGAGGUCAAAGUCAGAUUCGGCCAUUAUGGAGACAUUACUUUCAUAACACUCUAGGACUUAUCUUUGUAGUGGAUAGCAAAGACAGAGAAAGAAUCUCAGAAGCCCGCAAUGAGCUACAUCGGAUUCUGGGUGAUAAUGAGCUAAGCAGGGCAACUGUGCUUGUCUUUGCCAACAAGCAAGAUUUUUCGGAUGCCAUGCCUGCUUCUGAGGUUGCUGAUAAACUUGGGCUUUACUCUCUCGGCCAACGUCACUGGUAUAUCCAGAGUACUUCUGCAACCUCCGGCCAAGGGCUUUAUGAGGGACUUGAUUGGCUAUCCAACAAUAUCACAGUGAAGGAUGCAUAACAGCUCAUUCCAAGUUUCUCUAAAAAUAAUAAAGGGGUUUGACUAGGAUAGCUUCAAAAUCUACCACUUAAAAGGCCAUCCGCUAGUAUCUCAGUGAAGGCAAAUUAAUAGUUUAUUCCUAAUUUCUCUAACAAAGAAGGGGAUUGAUUAGGAUGGCUUCAAAUUCUAGCUCUUAAAUGAGGCCAUCAUGUACCACUUAAAGGUCAUCCAACAAUCUCU